AUGGACACAGUGACGCUGACGCUGAACGGCGUCGUGACCACCAUGUCCCUCGACGCGUUCUCCAAGAAGCUCACGGCCAACGCGUGCGUCGGGACCUCGUGUGCGUCCGACGUGGCGUCGGCGGCCGCGCUCGACAACCUCUGGCUCGUCUUUGGCGGCGUCAUGGUCUUCUUCAUGCUCCUCGGCUUCGGUCUCCUCGAGAUCGGCUGCUGCAGCGUCAAGAACACUAAGCACAUUCUGUUCCGCAAUCUUAGCGACCUCUGCCUCACGGGCCUUACGUUCUACGCCGUCGGGUACGCGUUCCUCUUUGGCGACGGCAACGACUUCAUCGGCCACCGCGGCUUCUUCCUCCAAGGCGACACCUUCCACACCGACGCGCCGGCGUCGUACAAAGGGCUCGAGUACGGCAACUGGUUCUUCCAGUGGGCGAUCGCCGCCGUCGCCGUCACCAUCUUCUCGGGGGCUGUCGCCGAGCGCAUCACUUUCGGCGCCUACCUCCUCUACACGCUCUGCGUGAGCGCCGUCAUCUACCCGGUUGCGGGCCACUGGAUCUGGUCGACCACGGGGUGGGCGAGCGUGCUCCGAGCCCCGGACGACCGUCUCUUCGAGGUCGGGACCAUCGACUUUGCCGGCUGCGGCUGCAUCCACAUGCUCGGCGGCAUCUCGGCGCUUAUCGGGUGCAUCUUUCUCGGGCCGCGCAAAGGCCGCUUCCACAGCGACGGCACGCACGCCGAGCUGCCGAAGCAGUCGGUCUUGUACCAGAGCAUGGGCACGCUCAUUCUCUGGUUUGGCUGGUACGGCUUCAACUGCGUCUCGACGCUCUCGCUCCGCGGGGACUUGAGCCACGUCAUGACCAAGGUCGCGGUCAACCUCACGCUCGGCGCGUGCAUGGGCGGCGUCUGCACCGUCCUCCUCGAUCGCCUAAUUGGCUCCAAGACGUGGGACGUGUGCAUGGCCAACAACGGGAUCCUCGCCGGCUGCGUCUCGGUCACGGGCAGCUGCUCCGUGAUCGAGCCCGAAGGCGCGGUCGCGCUCGGCGCCAUCGCAUCCCUCGUCUACGUAGGCGUCGCCAAGCUCGUGCUGCGCUGCAAGAUCGACGACGUUGUGGACGCGGUUCCUGUGCACUUUGGCUGCGGCACGCUCGGCGCCCUCGCCCCCGGCUUCUUCGCGUCGGGCAAGGGCGUGGCCAUGGCCGUCGGGUCGGGUUCGUGCGGCGUCCUGGCCACCAGCUCGCGGCGCAGGUCGUGUACGUGCUUGCGAUUUUUCGCGUGGGUCGCCGGCUUCUGCACCCUCCUCUUCGGCCUCCUCUCCAAGCUCGGCCUCCUCCGCGUAUCGGCCGACGCCGAGGCGAUGGGGCUCGACGCGUUCGAGCACGGCGGGGCCGCGUCGACGCUCGAACCUGCGCCGACCCCCCGCGUCCUCGACGCCGGCAUGCGCAAGACGUCGCUCGACAGCGACGCGCCGACGACGAGCUGA